AUGGCGUUUCGAGCCUUGACGAGGCUGACGAGAGCGCGGGGCUGGAGCCAAAACAGUGGAGGUGCCAGAUGGAAUUCUGCCCUUCGGGAUGACGUGGAAUUGCUCAGCACGAAAGUGGUGGAUGAUAUUGCAGUAGUCCGGCUCUUAUCACCGGAGGGCAGCUUUCCAUGGGGCACCCGCAUCUUCGAGCAUCGCAUUAACCCUUUGCUCAUCGGCCAGGUGAACCGCGCGCUGGAUGCGGCGGAGCGCUGCGGAGCACAGGGUCUGCUGGUGAUAGGGGACGGGCGGUUCUUCUGCAACGGCAUGGACCUGCAGUACAUCUCCGCGAAUGUCAGCCAGUCCACACAGAUCCAAGAGGACGCGGAGAAACUGAUGGCACGCAUCCUCACGCUGGGAAUGCCCACCAUAGCGGCGGUCAAUGGGCACAUCACGGCGGGCGGGGCCAUGUUGGGCUUGGCCUUCGACAAGCGCCUCAUGCCCAACGACACCAAAAGCUUAUUUUUCGUUCCUGGGAUUGACAUCGGCCUGGUCUAUUCUGCUGGCAUGACAGAGCUCAUGAAGGCCAAGAUGCCCCUGACAAUGUGGAAUGACACACUUUGCAUGGGCAAAAGGUACCACCCGGAGGAGCUUAAGGAGCACGGCGUGGUGGAUGCGACGCCGCCGGUGGCCGAGCUCCUCUCAGCUGCCAUGGAGCUGGCCAAGGGCCUGAAAGCCAAGGCGAAAGACGCCAAGACCCGGGAAACAAUGCAUGGCAUUAAGAACAACCUUUACAAGGAGGCGGCGGCCACCUUGGGGCGCCAGGUCCAAGACAUGGGCUUCGCCAGCGGGACCUUCGACGCCACCGGCCGGCCACGGAAGUAA